AAGUCCUGCUUCUAGGAGCCUGUUAUGAACUGUCCUAGCAGUGUGCUUCACACCACUUAAUGUUUCCCAUUCUCUUUGAAGGUCACUUGAGGUCAUCCUCUUAUUUAUGAGGCACUGUCUCCUAAGUUGGCGGUCAUUUCUGGCAUUAGAAUUUGACAUCUUAAUUUUUUCCAGAUCAAUACAUGUUCCCCUACAAACUAGUUCAGCUAAGUCACCUAUGUACAAGUAAAUCCCUUAUCUUAAGAAAUACUGCACCUUGGUGUGAAAUUAGUAAUUAUUUGUCUACAAUUAACUGUUCUUAAAGAUUUUAAUAUUGAAAUCAGGGGUCUGAAUGUUUAAUGACCAGGGUACUGUAGUUAACUUUCAGUUCAGCAGUUUUAGUUUAGAAUACUGAGAUUCUGAAUUAAAAAAAAAAACAAAAAAAAAAAACAGAAACUUGCAAAGCAUGGUUCUGCAAAUUUCAAAACUAUUGAAGAAAUACAACUCGGAUGAUUUUGCAGAAAUAUUUUAACAGACAUUACCGGCAUAUAAAACAUUAAAUUUAAGACAUGCAGCAAAGGAAAAAAUGUGAUUCUUGACCUUGUUUAAUCUUGCAUACAACAUAGACUAGUUGCCUUGUUAAUUAUUUUAAUUUGUUCAGAGACAGUUUCACACGCAGAAACUAAGUAUAUGUGAAAAUUAAUGCUGUGAGUAAAUAUGGUAUUUUGCAAUUUAGGGCAAGCAAAUACAAUACAAUUUCAAGGAUUAUACACAAUCACUGUGUUUAAAUAUGUACCAUGAGCUGGACUGGCAUCCUGUUACAGGUGGAUCCCUGGCUUCCUGGGAUAGGCUACUGGUUCACCGCUACCCUAUACUGGAUGAUAGAUGGAUGGACAAUCAUAGGCUUAGCUUAGGAUCACUUUACUGUGCCCAAAAGAAUGUUGUGACCCUCUCCACAGUAUUAUUUUAAUGUAUUGCAAACCUGUAUAAGAUAGUAAAUAUGCUAAUUUUAUUAGAAAAGCAACACAUGUUAACAGUUUGCAAACCAGAAUUAAUAGCCACUGGAACACCGCGGAAUGUGCAUUAGUGCAAGGGCCCCUGAAAGGAUGUGGAUGUGUCACCACUAGGUGGCAGCCGUACACCCCAAGGCCUGAUAGUCUGCAUGUGAUUUCUCCCGAAGAAGAUGCAGUGCCGUUUGCAAUGGUUUGUGGGUAUUUAGGCCAGGCGAGUCGGUUUUACGUCCAUGCUUGCUAUGUUGACAAGGGCGUUCGUGAACUGCUGGGAUGUUUUAGUUCAUUGGCGUGAUGUGCAAUUUUUUCCCUCAGUUUAGAUUCCACUUUUCUUAAUGCAGAUUGGUUUUCUAUUAGAAAACCUAGUGGUACUUUUUUUAUACUUUGAUUUAUCGUAAUGGUUAAAGUUUAAUUUGAAGUUGCAGUAGGUAAAAGUUAGCUUGGGUGGUCGUGUCGUACUUUAUUACAUAAAUUACAGUUUCCGUGUGGGUUAAAAGGAGCGCUAACACAAAUUACAAUUUUCACAAUAGGAAAAGCUGUAUGAAACGUGUUAUUGCUAUCGUGUGACCAGGGUGCGUUAGCUGGCAGCUAACAGUCACGUCACGCAUAGUUUUCUGUUUAGUUCCCAUGCAUAGAUAAACACGUUAUAGGCUGGAUCACUGAGUUUCAAGGGGCAUAUAACAUUAUGAGGCAGGCUGAUCAAAGGCAGGAACCUGCAGCUUACGAACGGCUUGUGUACAAAAACGCCUCCGAAUACCACUACAUGAAGAUAUCUCUAAUAUUUGAAAAAGAAGGGAAGAGACUCGAAGCAGCUUUUUUCAAGCAAUUGAUAAUCUCCGCCCUCCGGGACCUCUACGGCGAGGUUGGUGCUGCCUUUCCAUUUGAUGUUUUGAAGUUCGACGAGGCAUCGUUGACGGCAAUCCUAAGAGUUUACAGCAGUGGAUUGGUGAAGUUGUGGAGUGCCCUGACAUUACUGGGGUCAUACCAUAAUGAGUCUUGCGCUGUCAGAGUUACUCAGGUUUCCCCAUUUUUGCUGGCUUUGUCAGGAAACAGUAGAGAGCUGGUGCUGAAUUAAGGCACCUCCAUGUUGGAGAUCGGGCGUCUCUGACGAAGGCCUUCAGUGCUCAGGACGUCGCUGCCUUCGCCGAGCUGACAGGAGACAACAACCCCAUCCAUCUCUGCCCUGACUAUGCGCGGACGACCUCUUUCGAGAAGCC